ACAAUCUGACUAGCACAUUCACACCUCACACAUCACUGCGACAUUUUAGUGUUCUUGUAGAGAUCUCUUAUACUAUAUAUACAUAUGUGCUUAUUUAACAAUAUUUGUUCACAAACCUCACAGGAACUCUAUUCUCUUAAUAAUCUUCCCAACCCUGUUCCUUCUUCUUUAUUCUCAGGCCAAAAAUGAGUGAAAGUCGCAAUGCUCCCCGUUUAAAUGAGAGGAUCCUAUCAUCUUUAUCCAAAAGAUCAGUUGCUGCACAUCCUUGGCAUGAUCUUGAGAUUGGACCCGAAGCACCCCACAUUUUCAACUGCGUUGUCGAGAUAACAAAAGGAAGUAAGGUUAAAUAUGAACUCGACAAGAAGACAGGGAUGAUUAAGGUUGAUCGGAUCUUAUAUUCAUCCGUGGUCUAUCCCCAUAACUAUGGUUUCAUCCCUCGCUCGCUAUGUGAAGAUAAUGACCCAUUGGAUGUUUUAGUCCUCAUGCAGGAGCCGGUUCUUCCAGGCUGUUUUCUUCGAGCCAAGGCCAUUGGACUUAUGCCUAUGAUCGAUCAGGGAGAGAAAGAUGAUAAGGUCAUUGCAGUGUGCGCUGAUGAUCCAGAGUAUAAGCACUACACUGACAUCAAUCAGCUUGCCCCUCAUCGCCUCACUGAAAUCAGACGCUUUUUUGAAGACUACAAGAAGAAUGAAAACAAGGAGGUUGCAGUUAACGAUUUCUUACCUUCAACUGCUGCCAUUGAAGCCAUCCAGCACUCAAUGGACCUUUAUGCUGAAUACAUUCUGCAUACCCUGAAGCGGUAGGAGUAAAUAGCUUCUCUUAAAUCUUAAUAAUUGGUGUCAACAAUAUUGUUAAAGGAGAAGUUGACAAAUAUUCAUCUUUGUUUUGGACAAUUAUUAGUCCUAGUUUGGUUUGUGGCAUAGCCACGUGGUGCCCAUGGGGCACCGAAUAAUUUUUCCCAUUAGACUUGUAUUCAAAAUAUGUUUCAUGUUACUGGUCUAUGUAGAUUGCAUGCCAAAAUGGAAGUGUAAUGGUUUGCAUCUGUUAAUGUAAUGUUCUGUUUCCACUGACUGUUGGAUCUCUAUACAUGGUUUAAAUAACAGUUUAUGUAUCGGUACUGAUGACAUGGUCAUAUAUUAUA